AUGGUCCAGGAACCUUGGAUCCACCAGGAUCGUAUCUGUGGACUAAGUCUGAAGGGCUAUAAGCUCUACUACGCUAAAGGCGCAGGUAAAAUUAGAUCCUGUAUACUGGCUAAAAGCUCUUUGAAUAUCUUCAUUCUGUCUGAUUACAGCAAUGAAGAUACAGUAGCAGUCUCAUGGGAAACCAAUGAAGGCAGUUUGUUGUGGCUGAUCUCCAGCUAUAUGGCGCACGAUCAUGGGGAGCAUCCGCCAAAUGAUGCUGUCCGCAGUGCUGUUAAAAUGGCGAAUAGGUCUAAGAUACCUUUAGUUAUCUGUGCUGACGCUAACUCGCACCACAUCAUAUGGGGUAGCAGUGACACCAAUACAAGAGGUGAGAGUCUUUUCAACUUCAUUCUUAAUAGUAGUUUGGAAGUAGUAAAUAGAGGUUCAGAACCUACCUUCAUUAUCGCUAACAGAAGUGAGGUUCUAGACUUAACACUUGUAAGUGCUGAACAUCACAGCAUGAUUACUAAUUGGGCCGUCUCUAGCGACUGCUCCUUCUCCGAUCACCAAUAUAUUGACUUUAAUAUUAGUGUAACUAUUAGGAGUGUUAAUAACAUUCUAAAUAGGAGGAAGACCAAUUGGGAGUUGCAACGUGACGCUCUCUCUCGGUCUUUGCCAAACCCACCCUCUAUUGAGAAUAGGGAAGAUAUUGAGGUAGCAGUGGAGACACUCACAGAAGCGUUUCAAUCGGCUACUAACUUGGCCUGUAGGCCGACCAUCCGCAGAGUCUCCAAGCACUCGUUUUCGACUAAAACACCAAAUUCAUAUGAAAAGUUGUUGGCUGGCUGUCACAAGGCAGCAAAUACAACAACAAUUACCAUAUUCACCACCCAUAACAGCAAAAAAUCAUCCCAACACAAUAGCAUACACCAACAACACAAAGAAACCAAACAACAAAAUUCACCACCUCACUAA